AAAUUUGAAUUUUAAUUCUAUCGAACAUAAAUUAUUUGGAAGUUCAAGUUUAGGUUUGAAGUUGGUAAAAACUGACCAUACCCGCGGCGGAAAUUGAAGUUUAGAGAAGCAUAGUUGGGGAAGCAAAACCCUGAGCCUGGCCGUUGCACCACAGUGUAUCUGCGAUGGAGGGGGAGGAGCAGCAUGAGACAUUAACCCUAACCUCAGAAGAGCGGGAGAAAGACGAUCCCAUGUCUGAUUCCGACGAUUCCGACGAUUCAGACGACGAAGCUCAGCAGAACAUCCAACUCGAAUCUCUCCAGACCCAGCUCACCGAUAACCCCUCCAACUACGACGCUCACUUGCAAUGUAUAAAUAUUCUGAGGAAAACGGCUGAUGUUGAUAGACUCACAAAAGCAAGGGAACUCAUGAGUCAAAUCUUUCCAUUGACCCCUACAAUCUGGCAACAGUGGAUCAAAGAUGAACUUUCUCUCAACACCGCUUCUAGCCCAGAGGCAUUCUCUAGAGUUGUUCAGCUUUAUGAACGCGCCACAUUUGACUAUCUCUCUGCCUCUCUAUGGUGUGACUACCUUCAUUUUGUCCAAGAGUUUGAUCCAAUGGUACACCAAUGUUCACCUGCUGGUAUUUCUAAGGCAAGGGAUCUUUUUGAAAGGGCCCUUACUGCUGCUGGUUUGCAUGUUGCCCAAGGCACUCAGAUAUGGGAAGCAUAUAGGCUAUAUGAACAGGCCAUACUUCUAACCAUUCAUGAAUCUGAUGGACAGGCAAAAGAAAAGCAAGUUCAACAGAUUCGAAGUUUAUUCCAUCGCCAGUUGUCUAUCCCCCUUGCUGACAUGAAUUCAACACUUAUUGCCUAUAAGUCUUGGGAGGUGGAACUGGGAAAUUUUCAUGAUGUAUCCAUCGACCCUAUUGAUAGUUAUCCUCACGUUGCAUCAGCAUACCAGAAGGCCUUGGAGAUGUAUAAUGCUCGCAUUCAUCUUGAAGAACAGAUUUCUAGCCAAGAUAUUUCUGAUUCAGAAAGACUACAACAGUACAUGAACUAUUUGAAAUUUGAGCAGUCUUCUGGAACGCCAGCCAGAAUUCAAGUUCUAUACGAGCGAGCUAUUACCGACUUUCCUUUAUCACCUGAGCUCUGGCUUGAUUAUACUCGCUAUUUGGACAAGACUUUGAAGGUUGGUAAAAUUGUCAGCAAUGUAUAUUCUAGGGCCACUAAGAACUGCCCUUGGGUCGGAGAACUUUGGGUUCGAUUUAUGCUUUCUUUGGAGCGCGGUCAUGCUUCUGAGAAAGACUUGGCUGAAAUAUUUGAGAAGUCCCUGUGCUGCACCUUUCCUACUUUAGAUGAGUAUCUUGAUUUAUUUCUCACCCGGGUAGAUGGCUUAAGGCGAAGAAUUACAUUCACCAGAGGAGGGGAUCCAUUGGAAUAUAAAACAAUAAGGGAUACCUUCGAGCGUGCAUCAAAUUACUUGUCACCAUACAUGAAGAAUACAAAUGAUUUGUUACAUCUACAUGCUUAUUGGGCCCAUUUAGAAACAAAACUUGGAAAAGAUAUAACUGCAGCUCGUGGAGUUUGGGAGAGUUUUCUUAAGACAUGCGGUUCAAUGUUGGAGGCAUGGACUGGUUAUAUCGCCAUGGAACUUGAAUUGGGCCACAUAAAUGAAGCAAGGUCCAUAUACAAGAGAUGCUAUAGUAAAAGGUUUUUUGGGACUGGUUCAGAGGACAUUUGCAACUCAUGGUUACGCUUUGAGAGGGAGUUUGGCAAGUUGGAAGAUUUUGAUCAUGCUUUACAAAAGGUUACACCACGCCUGGAAGAGCUACGUUUAUUUAGGUUGCAGCAGGAGUCCAAGUCAGUAGAGGAAAGUGAAAAUAAUCCCAGGAGAAAUGUACGUGACAAAAGAAAGCUGGGGUCAGAUUUAGCUGAUGAACAGUCUCCAGCAAAGCGAAAGAAAGAUGCUAGUAGAAAAGUAACAAAAGCACACGAGGAUAUGAAAUAUCAAGUGAAGAACUCUCCUCAGGCGACAAAAGUGGAAGGGGCCAAUCAGAAAAAAGGAAAAUCUGAUGACAACCCAAGUGAGCAAAAGCUUAUCGUUGGGAAACACCGGGCAUAUUCUGACCAGUGCACUGCUUUUAUAUCAAAUAUUCACCCUACGGCAAAUGAUGAGCAUAUUCGUGAUUUCUUCAGUGAUAUCGGUGGAAUUGUUGCCAUCCGCAUCCUACAUGACAAGUUCACUGGAAAGUCCAGGGGACUAGCUUAUGUGGACUUUUUGGAUGAUGAGCACCUUGUUGCAGCAGUAGCUAAGAACAAGAACACCUUGCUUGGGAAAAAGCUAAGUAUUGCUCGAUCUGACCCAAAGCGGGGUGGAAAAGAAACUUUUGAUCCAAAAAACACAGAACAUGCACAUGCUACGAAUCAUUCUGAUAAAAAAGGUUCAGCAUCAAAAGAAACCGAUGAUAGUUUCAAGAGAGAGGUUAAAGAUGCAAAGUUGUCUUCUAAAAGGCCAGGAAGUAACAACAUUGAGUUUAAAGGAAAGAAUACUUUUGCCAUGCCUAGAAAUGUGAGACCACUUGGUUAUACUGCAAAUAAACCAAAAGCAAAAGCAGAAGAGGGGGAUGAAAAGCCAAAAUCCAAUGAUGAAUUCAGAAAGAUGUUCAUUCGAUAAACAUUAAUUUGCAAGUACUAAUGGACAGUUUUAAGUUUUGCACGUUGUUCUGUUACAUACUAAUCUGAUUAGUCUACAUAGGUUUAGAUUUGUUUGUUGAAAAUGUGUUCCAACCUAUUUGACAAAAAAAUAAUAAUUAGAGUUAGAUUUUUAUAUUGGAUUAUAAUCAUCGAAUUGUAAGUUAAGGAUACCACAUUUUAUAAACUUAUUUGUCCUUAUAUACAUCAGUUUUUAUUUAUUUA